AUGCUGGUAAAACAGACUUUACUUGCGCUCAGCGGAGGGAUUGCUAUAGUCCACGCUGCAAAUUCAUGGAUUGUUCCCGGAGCAGCAUGGAUGUCGACGUCCAACACCAAGAUUGACGCUCAUGGCGGAAUGGUUAUCAAGGAAGGGGAUACCUUCUACUGGAUUGGACAGGCUGCAAGUCACGAGGUUCAACCUUACUUGUAUACGUCGAAGAAUCUCCUAGAUUGGGAGCCUUCGAACAACCCAAAGAACACCGUGAAGUGGAUGUGGCGUCCCAAGCUCGCGAAGCCUAAUGGCUCAUGGUGGAUGUACGGGCAAAUUGACCGGAACGUGCAAGCGCUUAAGUCGACCUCUAUUGCCGGUAACUAUGCGCUCUCCGGCUCAAAGGUCACAUUGCCGCCGAAUAGCUACACCUACUCUGACACUGGCAUGUUCUACGACGAAGCCGACCAGACCUGGUACCUCCUCACCUCUGCCGACCACAACAACGUCCAGAUCAACAAGAUCAACAGCGACGGCACUAUCGGCUCCCGUGUGAACCUGCUCGCCAAGGGCGCCUACGAAGCCCCCGGGAUACUCAAGGUCAACGGCAUAUACUACCUGAUCGUCUCCGGCAAGACAGGCUGGCGCAGCAAUCCCAACUCCAUGUUCUGGACUGACAAGCUCAACGGCGGAAGCUGGAACGGGCCGUACGGGAUUGCCCCCGAAGACAAGAAGACGUACAAUUCGCAGAAUACAUUCCAAUUGACCGUCAAGGGCAGCCAGAAGACGACGUACAUCUACAUGGGUGACAGCUGGGAUUCGAAAGGCGGGCCAGACUCGAACUACGUCUGGCUUCCCAUGAAUGUGGAUACGAAUAGUAAGCGUAUCACUCUGGAGUAUCACGCUCAGUGGAAGAUUGACGUCAACACUGGCGUCGUGUCGUUCCCGAGCAAGAAGAGACGCUACGAAGCUGAACAUGCCGAGAUCGUGGGCCGUGCCGCUGUCACGUCAUGCGAGCAUUGUCUUUCCAAACGGGGAGUCCAUAAAAUUACUCCCGAUUCCCAGGUCGUCUUCUAUAAUGUUACUGGUCUCGGGGGCCGCCAAUGGGUGCAGUUCCACUACCGCGUUAAAGAUCUGGAGUCUGGGGAGGCUUAUGUGAAUGUCAAUGGUGGACCUGCUGUCAACAUUUCGUCAUUGAAUCACCGUGCAGGGCAUCAUGAUGUUGUGCCUGUCGCUCUGGACCUCGAAGAAGGUGCGGUGAAUAAGAUCACUUUUGGCGUCAGUGGACGCAAUCAAGCGGAGGACUUGGGUGUCAUCAUUGAUGGCAUAGAAGUCGUGGAGGAUUAG